AUGAGGAUUACUCUUCUGCUCCACUCGCUCUAUAUCUUCUCAUUCUAUCAUUGCAGGAGCGUUGGAGUAGAUAGAGAAAAUACCUCAUUAGACAAGGAUAAAAAUGUAGAACCAAAUGAUAUGCACUUUAGUGAACUCUACUUUCCGAGGUCUACCAUUAAAACUGCGGAAUCUCCACCAGAUACCUUUCUGACCUUGGAUCUCUUGCACCCUGAUGAGAAAAGGAUUAGUGUCCAUGAUAAGGAAAUUGGAGAGAUACUUCGAAGGAAUUAUUAUGUCAAAGAUGGUUUAGGAAUUACAUCUAUCACAAUCUCUGGAGUUGAACUAUGGAAGGCGAAUAGAGGAAGUUGUAUAUUUGUAGAAUCAUUUAGUGGUAAUACUAAUAGCUUAUUUAGCUUGUGCCUGCACUUUGACGGUAAAGUUGACUACAAAAAUUUUGCCAAAGUGGGUGAAUCAUGGCAAGAGGUUGAUCAGGAUUUACUUUCCCAAAUGUAUCAAUCUAUGAAGAACGGUGGCAUUUUACAUGGGAGCAAAACAGAGAAUCAAAUUUUUGCAGACGGUAAACCUGAUUUUAGUGAUACAGAAGCUUCUCUGGAACUAUCUCAACGAGAACCAAAACAUCAGUUUAUUCAUUCAUCUGGUGUUCCAUCUCCAAAAGUUCUGGAUCUUUGUUACCCAGCUUUUGGUACAACAUUUCCCCUAGAUAUUAAUGGAAUUCAUUCCAGAAUAUUCAUCAUGGAUCAUGACGAUCCAGUUCAGACACUGCUAUAUGAUGGAACUCCCGUAUGGAAUGGAUCGCCUAAUGAUAAGUGCAUAUUUUGUAUAGUAUUAUUCAAGGCUGAAGAUCCUAAGAUGGUACUCAUAAAGGCAGAAGAUGAAAAUAGUUCAUCGUAUACCACAUUUAUGGAGCAUAAGGAAAGAGGUGAUCUACUCAGUUCUUGUAGCUGUUUCCGGAAAAAUAUGCCUGUCCUCUGUUGCUUAAGCCGCUGUGCUACUCCUAAAGGCUGGCACCGUUCAAAAAAUGACUAUAUAAAGAAUAUUAAUAAACUAAGGAUGAAUCAAGACGCAGUGACUAGAUUCACCUUGGAUUUAUCAUCUGCAGAUAAUUGUCUCUCAUAUAGCUUUAGCAAGAAUAACGUAGAAAAUCGCUUCUUGGCUCCAAAGUCAGGUAACAUGAGCAGAAUUACAGAUGGGGAUGAGAUAAUAUGGGAAGAGUGUGACCAGGUAUGCUUUUUUUGUGAGGUUUAUUCUAGAGACAAUUACAAAAUAUUAAGAUUGCAUGUUAAAAAGGAAGAAGCUUUCUCAUUUCCUUCCUUUGAGAAAGUUGAUCAAGGAUGGGAAAGGGUUUCCUCAGAAAGGUUUUCUGUAAGAGUGAGAAAUAUGGAUGAGAAAAACUGGCUUGUUCCUCUAUUUUUACCUACUCCAUCUGGCCCAACUCCUCUGCAAAUUUCCCCUCCAGACGGAUUACUCUGUGAAUUGUUUGACUACGUGUUCAACUACAAUCCGGCUAAGUUAAUCGUGCCUAAUAAGCAUGUUAAGGUAUCUAACCUUGCCAAGGGAAAGAAUAGUAUAUGGACAGCUGGAUGUGAAGAGACCUUUGGAUACGCUAAGGUUUACCCCGGUAAGUAUCAAUCAGAAUUCGUUCUUGUUGUGGCUACGACACCUACGGGUGUUUCCAACAAAUAUUAUGAAUGUGAUAAAGGCACAUGCAAGCUAUUUGAGGGUAUGAUUCAUCUGAUGGCCAGAAGGGUGGUUCCUUCAGAUUUUCUAUCUCAUUUUACCAUUGACCUUGCCUCCGAUGAAAGCAUGAGAGAAUGUACUAUAUUUGAAGCCAACAUUAUUGGGAUUACCACUAGACACUUCUAUCCCAAGCCUGGGUAUAUUGCUAUUGCGGUUAAGGAUGGACUCAAAUCGGUGUGGAGCACCAAUAACUAUCCUAACAAAUUCAUGGACAGUUUCGGUAGCGCUAAUAAACUACAGGAUAGUGAAUGUGUUUCCUGUGUAAUCUAUAAGAAAGGAGGUUUGGAGAUGCUCCGCCUUAGUAUCAAGUUUGCUUGUGUCCUUUGCGAUAAGUAUUAUAGAAAUGUGGAUGGCAAAUGGGUUGCUAAAAAUGAAUGUGUGUUUGAUAAAUACUUUCCAGAAAUGAAGAAUGUUUUAACCUAG